GUAAAUCCAAGUGGAAGUGCGGUUACAAUCUUGCGGUUCUCGGACCGGGAAAUAAUGAAAAAAGCGUGCCACAGCUCUUGAUCAGAGACCUGACAUUUGAGAAGAAGUCAUUAGCUAAGCCCAUGUUUUCUCCUGAUCAAGAAAAUCAUCCAUCAAAAGCACCAGUGAAAUACGGUGAAUUGAUCGUAUUGGGGUACAAUGGGUCUCUCCCAAAUGGAGAUAGAGGAAGAAGAAAAAGUAGAUUUGCUUUAUUUAAAAGACCCAAGGCAAACGGGGUGAAGCCUAGCACUGUGCAUAUUGCCUGUACCCCUCAAGCAGCAAAGGCAAUAAGUAACAAGGACCAACACAGCAUCUCUUACACCUUGUCUCGGGCCCAGACAGUAGUGGUUGAAUAUACCCAUGACAGCAACACAGAUAUGUUCCAGAUUGGUCGGUCAACAGAGAGUCCUAUAGACUUUGUCGUGACGGAUACAGUUCCUGGAAGUCAGAGCAAUUCAGAUACACAGUCUGUGCAGAGCACUAUAUCAAGGUUUGCCUGCAGAAUCAUAUGUGAGCGGAACCCUCCUUUUACAGCCAGAAUAUAUGCUGCAGGAUUUGACUCCUCCAAAAACAUCUUCCUUGGGGAGAAAGCUGCAAAGUGGAAGACAUCAGAUGGGCAGAUGGAUGGCCUGACCACAAACGGAGUUCUUGUUAUGCAUCCCCGCAACGGAUUCACUGAAGACUCCAAGCCAGGGGUGUGGAGAGAGAUAUCUGUGUGCGGAAAUGUGUUCAGCCUCCGUGAAACCAGAUCAGCUCAGCAGAGGGGUAAAAUGGUGGAGAACGAAACGAACCAGCUCCAAGAUGGCUCUUUAAUCGACCUCUGCGGAGCAACGUUGCUGUGGCGCACGGCAGAAGGCCUUGCCCGCACGCCCACCGUCAAACACCUGGAGGCUCUAAGGCAAGAAAUCAACGCAGCGAGACCUCAGUGUCCCGUGGGAUUUAACACCUUGGCGUUUCCCAGCAUGAAGAGAAAAGAUGUCGUAGAUGAGAAGCAACCCUGGGUGUACCUGAAUUGUGGCCACGUCCACGGCUAUCACAAUUGGGGAAACAAGGAGGAGAGAGAUGGCAAGGAUCGAGAGUGCCCCAUGUGCCGCUCCGUGGGUCCCUACGUGCCUCUGUGGCUGGGCUGUGAAGCGGGAUUUUAUGUGGACGCGGGACCUCCAACUCACGCGUUCAGCCCCUGCGGACAUGUGUGCUCGGAAAAGACAACUGCCUACUGGUCCCAAAUUCCUCUUCCUCAYGGUACUCACACGUUUCACGCGGCCUGUCCCUUCUGUGCACAUCAGCUGGCUGGUGAGCAAGGCUACAUCAGACUCAUUUUCCAAGGACCUCUUGACUAACACACGUGUCAGCAAGGACUACAGUAAACUGAUAAGCUACGCGAUUCUGGCUUUUAAACUCUUUCGUAUUCUCUGGGCUUUGCUGGUUUGCAUUAAGAUGAAGAAUUUGGGGGGGGUUGUUAAAACAGCUAAAUCCCUCUCUAUCAAGAAAUGUCUGGAAACAAGAGUUGGGGGGAAGGGGAGGACCUCUUGCUUCCGUAGGUAACGACCAUUUCUGAAGAGGCGAAGGAAGCGUCGAGCGAAAUUCAAUGCCUUCGGUGUAAUGGUUUUGAAUUAUGUGCCCAUGAUGUUUGAAAGUUGUUUCAUUCUUUUUGUAUAUGGAGGGUAAAUAGUUCCAAGAACCUUAGUUUACAGCUUGGAUGCAAACAUUGUAAAAUAUAACAUGUAUAUUAACUCUUUUCUAUUUAUCUUUAUUAUUGAAAAUACCUAGAACAUUUAGAGUAGCAUGGUCAUAGUGUGUUGCAUCCAACAGCUGAAUGUGUAGAGUAGUUCUGGAUGGAGAUGGAGAUGAGACAGAAACGGUAGAAAAAUCUUUUUUAAUCUAAAAUACCGAGUUCUUAGAAUAGCUAAAAUGCUUUUGAAACAAAGCUAAUGCAAGUUAUGAUGGCAGGAAGGUGUGCUUUAACCACGUGGAAGGUAGCGAAGAAGGACUUGUUAAAAUGUCUUUUGGUAGGACUGUACUUGAGAUCUGGUUAUGAGAGAGUAUUUACCAGACUCCUUGAAUAUGCAACUUAGUCUAGAUUAAGGGUUUUUUCUCCCUUCAUGCUAACACAUGUCUUUAUUUAACAUUAGUGACGUUUCUGAGGGGGGGUUCAGUCUUAAACAGUGGCGAACCUGGAAGAAAAGGCUCAUUUGUUCCUCGGGUCUAGGGGGGAAGAGGAGGCACCAGAAAGGGGACCCGUCCCCACGUGUUCUGCGCUUGCCGGGCCCCUGGCAGCCCAGGGGGGCUUGGCCACACGUGCCCAUCGGCGGUGGCCUCGGGCAGCGCGUCCCGUGCAGCGCCACCGAGACGGUCCCGGUGCCCUCCUGCCGCCUCCCGCGGCCAGCGCGCUGCAUCCAGCUCUGCUGCUAAGUGCUCCAUGGCAAAUGCACAACCUGAUGCUUUAGCAUCCAGUUGAACACUUCUUAGACAGCCUCAUAUUGUUGGGUUUUUCUUUCCCCAGAUAUGUACUGUAUCAUUGGCGGUAGCAAAUUUCUGUACUUAGAGCAUAGCUUUAAUUUUUCUUUUCAAAGCUGUUUGAAACUUCUCCUGGUUUAGAGAGACCUGUGUUGCUUAGAUGUCAUGAAUUAUUUACUUUGGCUGUCAGUUGUUUCUCCAUUAAAAAAAAAAAAAAAAAGUUAAUAUAUAUUGUUUGGUUCACUCAGGAAAUGCAUGUGUCAGGAAACCUGUAUUAUAAGUUCAGUUAGCUGUCACGUACAAGUAACUGCUGUUACUCCCUUUUCAUAGAAAUAUAACUGAUUUUAACAUUUUCCGGAUUAUAUGCAUUAAGUACUGAAACUUAUGCAGCAAGAACCCCCUGUAUUGUAGUUGUUCUAAUCAUUUUAUUCAGACUAUAUUAUACUGUAGUUUAAUUUUUAU